CCGAUAACUUUUUCCAUAGUAUAUAUAUAUAUGAUCAAUUUUAUACUAAUUUAAUAAUAUAUUUUACUUUGUUAAUCUCUUAUUUAUUGUGUAAAAAAAGUAAGAAAGUUUCAUCAUGGGUCUCGUUUGUUCCACAGCGCAGCUUGCCUGCCUGUGUGGCAGUACAGCCUGCAGUUUCUGUUGUUCUCAAUGUCCCACUUGCCGUAACAGCACUAGUACUCGCAUUAUGUAUGCUAUGUUAUUAAUGCUGGGUACUAUAGCUGCAUGUAUUACUAUGGCACCUGGUUUACAAGAUGCUCUUAAAAAGGUUCCAUUUUGUGCUAAUAGCACAAAUUAUGUACCAUCUUCAUUUACUGUAGAUUGUGAAUCAGCAGUUGGUUAUUUAGCUGUAUAUAGAAUAUGCUUUAUUCUUGCAUUAUACUUUUUCAUGAUGUCAGCCAUUAUGAUAAGAGUUAGAAGUUCGAAAGAUCCACGGGCACCUAUACAAAAUGGAUUUUGGGCUAUUAAAUAUCUUCUAAUAAUUGGUGGAAUAAUUGGGGCUUUCUUUAUUCCUGAAAAAUCAUUUGGUUCAACCUGGAUGUAUUUUGGAAUGAUUGGAGGUUUCUUUUUUAUUAUUAUACAAUUAAUACUCAUUGUUGAUUUUGCACAUUCCUGGGCAGAUGCCUGGGUGGGUAAUUAUGAAGAUACUGAAUCAAAAAGUUGGUAUGCAGCACUUAUGGGAGUUACUCUAUUUAAUUAUGCUGUUGCUAUCACCGGUGUAGUAUUACUUUAUGUAUAUUUCACUCAUCCCUAUGAUUGUGCACUUAACAAAUUCUUUAUUUCUUUUAACCUUAUUUUGUGCGUCAUUAUCAGCAUUAUUUCUAUUCUUCCAAGUGUACAAAAAUAUCAGCCACAUUCUGGUUUACUUCAGCCAUCUAUAGUUUCAUUGUAUGUCGUUUAUUUAACAUGGAGCGGAGUUUCUAAUAGCCCAGAUCAUAUUUGUAAUCCUGGAUUCUUUGGAAUAAUCUCCAAUGAUACACAUGCCAAAAAUCGUGUUGCUUUUGACAAGGAAAGUAUAAUUGGUCUCAUAAUAUGGUUCAGUUGUGUUUUGUACAGUUCUCUACGUACAGCAUCAAAAUCAUCUAAGAUUACCAUGUCUGACAACGUUUUAGUUAGAGAUAAUGGAGCUGUCAGGAAUGCUGGAGACCAGUAUCUUAUCGACAAUGAAGACUAUACUGCAGUAGAAGGUCGCAAUGGUGAUUCAGAAAAUGGUGAAGCUAAAGUAUGGGACAAUGAAGAAGAGACUGUAGCAUACAAUUGGAGCUUCUUCCACUUAAUGUUUGCUCUUGCUACUUUAUAUGUGAUGAUGACUCUUACCAAUUGGUAUGAACCAAAUUCAAACUUGGACACCCUGAAUUCUAAUGUUGCAUCAAUGUGGGUAAAAAUUAUUUCUUCGUGGUUAUGUAUGACCCUUUAUGUUUGGUCUCUGGUAGCACCAAUACUCUUCCCAAACAGAGAGUUCUCAUAAAUUGGAGAUUUUUUCGAGAAAAAAGAAAUAAGAUCUUAUUAAACAGUUAAAAAUCUAUCCUGAAUUAUGUUCAUAUUACGACUUACCUAAUGAGAAUUACACGCAAGUAUUAUCGUACAUACGCAUUCUCAGAUUGUUUGGAAUAUCAUGAUAUGUAUAAUAUGAAAUUUUUAUCUCUACGAUAAUAAUUUUUUAUGUAAGUAAUGUAGAUUGAUAUCUUGCAGAACAUAGUUUUAUAAAGUAUUAUAAUAUUCUGUAAGUACUAAAAAAACAAAAUUUUAUAUAUAUAUAUAUAAAAUUAAAAUUUUAUAUAUAUAUAAAAAACUAGCGAGCGAACUUGUGAAGAUUGCAUUUAUUUGGAAUUAAAUGCCAUUGCUCGAUAAUAUCGAUAGUAUAAAGGUAAAAUCAAGAGUGUUGGAAAGUUUAGGAUUUUAUAUAUACAUAUACAUAUUUGUAAUAUUUUCUAUUAAUUAUAUAAUAUGUCACAUGAAAA